GCUAUUAAUAACGGCGGCCGGGCCGGCGGAGGGCAGAGCGGCGGGCGGCAUGCAGGGCAACGGAGAGAAGGCGGCGGGCAACGGCCGUCAGGAGGGCCUCGGCGGGAGAGGGGCGGCCGACGGCGAGCUGCAGGCUGCGGCCGUGCCAAUGCUGCCGGCCCUGGAGGUGGCCGAGGAGCCGGAGAAAGCUCCGGGCGGCAAAAGCAAGGACCCCAACACCUACAAAGUGCUUUCCCUGAUACUCUGUGUCUGCGUGCUAACAACAAUCCUAGGAUGUAUAUUUGGCCUGAAGCCUAGCUGUUCAAAAGAUGUAAAAACCUGCAAAGGUCGUUGCUUUGAAAGGACCUUUGGAAGCUGUCGUUGUGACAGAGAUUGUGUUAAGCUUGGAAACUGCUGCUUAGACUACCAGGAAACAUGCAUACAACCAGCUCAUAUAUGGACAUGUAAUAAGUUCAGGUGUGGAGAGAAGAGGCGACCAGAGUAUCACUGCUCCUGCUCAGAUGAUUGUGUGGAAAAUAAUGAUUGCUGUGUCAAUUAUCAAGCUGCAUGCAAAGGAGAGGCAAGCUGGGUUGAAGAAGAGUGUGAGGACAUUACUGAACCUCAGUGUCCAAAAGGAUUUAACAAAUCUCCGGUGUUACUGUUUUCGUUGGAUGGCUUCAGAGCAGAAUAUUUGCAGACAUGGGGUGGACUUCUGCCUGUUAUUAGCAAAUUACAGAAAUGUGGAACGUACACUUCCAAUAUGAGACCAGUGUAUCCUUCAAAAACCUUUCCCAAUCACUACUCCAUUGUCACAGGACUGUAUCCUGAAUCUCAUGGUAUAAUUGAUAACAAGAUGUAUGACCUCAAAAGAAAUGCAUACUUUACCCUUAAAAGUAAGGAGAAAUUUAAUCCGGAGUGGUACCAAGGACAGCCUAUUUGGCUAACAGCUAUGUACCAAGGUCUAAAAGCUGGUACAUUCUUCUGGCCUGGAUCAGAUGUAGCAGUUGAUGGGACUUUUCCAGAUCUGUAUAAAGAAUACAAUAGCUCAAUCCCCUUUGAAGAAAGAGUGGUAACUGUUCUUCGCUGGCUGCAGUUACCUGAAGAUGAAAGACCACACUUUUACACUCUGUAUUUAGAAGAACCAGAUUCCUCAGGCCAUAAGUUUGGACCAGUAAGCAGUGGAGUCAUUUUGGCAUUGCAGAGAGUAGAUGCAAUAGUUGGGAUGCUGAUGGAUGGUCUCAAACAAAUGAACUUGCACAAAUGCCUGAACAUUAUUUUUAUAUCAGAUCAUGGGAUGGAAGCAGGGAGUUGCAGAAAAACAGCAUAUCUGAACAGCUAUCUGGACAACGUUCAAGAUUUCAUAUUAGUGCCUGGUCCUGCAGCUCGCCUUCGACCUAAUAAUGUUCCAGAUGAGUAUUUCUCUUUUAAUUAUGAAGGCAUUGUCAGAAACCUCACAUGCAUAGAACCAAAUCAGCCUUUCAAAGCUUAUAUGAAACAGUUUCUACCCAAGCGUUUCCAUUAUGCCAAUAAUGACCGGAUUGAACCACUGCACUUUUAUUUAAAUUCCCAGUGGCAACUAGCUAGGAAACCGCUUGAGAUUAAAAGUUGCACAGGUGGAUUCCAUGGCUCAGAUAAUCGUUUCCCAAGUAUGCAGGCUAUCUUUAUUGGUUUUGGACCAGGAUUCAAAUUUCAGACUCAAGUUGAUCCAUUUGAAAACAUUGAAGUAUAUAAUUUAAUGUGCGACUUGCUUGAUUUGAAGCCAGCCCCAAACAAUGGAACCCAUGGAUGCCUAAAUAAUCUCUUAAGGAAUCCUGUUUACACCCCUCACCAUCCCAAAGAAACAAGCCAUCCUUCUGAAUGCUCUUUUGUGGGACAAAGAACCUUUCCAGUGAGCCUUGGCUGCUCCUGCAGGAUAGCAGGCUUGCCAGUAAGAGAUUUUCAUCAGCGUUUAAAUCUUACUGAAACAGAAGUUAAGAAGAUAGAGACACUCACUUUGCCCUACGGACGGCCCAGGGUUCUGCAGAAGAAACAUAAUUACUGCCUCCUUUACCAUUACCGCUAUGUAAAUGGAUACAGCAAGGACUACAAGAUGUCACUGUGGAGUUCGUACACCAUUAACAAAAAUGACAAUUGGAAUUCUACUGCAGAAGAUAUUUCCAGCUGUUUACACAAGGAUCUUCGUAUUCCUUCUAAUCAUAACCAGACGUGUUCAUUUUACAACAAUCAUCCUCGACUAACAUAUGGAUUUCUUUCUCCUCCAAAUUUUAUGACAGAUGCAAAGAAAUCUCAUUAUGAUGCCUUGCUCACCAGCAACAUUGUGCCAAUGUAUCCUGCAUUUAAAGUGUUAUGGAACUACUUCCAUCAGUCCCUGCUGCCUGAGUAUGCUGCAGACAGAAGUGGUGUCAAUGUAGUAAGUGGUCCUGUGUUUGAUUACAACUCUGAUGGGAUCUAUGAUACCCCAGAAAAGGUGAAAAGACACCCUGGUAACUCAGAAGUUCCCAUUCCUACUCAUUUCUUCAUUGUGCUGACUACUUGUAAAAAUGCUUCUGAAACUCCUUUGAAGUGUGAAGGAUCUCUAGAUGCCUUAUCUUUCAUUGUACCUCACAGAGAAGACAAUAGUGAAAGCUGUGCAGAUGGGAGGUCUGAGUCGCUGUGGGUUGAAGAGAGAAUGAAGUUUCACAUAGCUCGGAUCAGAGAUGUAGAAUUACUUACAGGACUCAGCUUCUAUCAAGACAGAAAACAGCCAGUAUCUGACAUUUUACAGUUAAAAACGUAUUUACCAACUUUUGAAACUGUCUGAUCUUUCCUAUGUAAUUUUUGUCCAUUUUACAACAGAUAUGUAAAUAGGAUUUUUAAUUGAUAAUUUUUUUUUUUUAAAUAAGCUGGAACAUUUAUUGAGAACUCUUGACCAAAAUGCAGUGGGGAGGAAAGUGGGAGCCAUAUUUGUAUCUCAGGGACUCCUGAUGGACUAUGUAUAUAACACAGGGUGGCAGCUCCUGUUGUUCACCCUUGAAUAUGGUAUAACAAUGGCCAUUAUUAAAUGCUGUCAAUAUUUGAUCAUUGCAGUCUGAGACAAAAACAAAACUAUCUUUUACAUGCACUGGAGAGGGAGAGUUUUAUAAAGCACAAGUUGUGAUCAAUGUGGUAAUUAUUCUAAUUAGCAAAUAUUUAAAAGUUUUAAGAAAUAACUGCUUUAUUGACCAUUGAAAUGCAACAAAGCAGCAUAUUUCCUUGAAGCGUGAGUUAUAUACUCAGUUUUGGGUCUCGCAUAAUAACACAGCAUUGUGAUACAAGAGCCUAUACUGAAGUAAGCAGUAAGACUGGUACCCAGCAAGGAAUAAACUUGGCUAACAGAGUUCUGUUAGCAAAGGUAUGCUGGUGCGUUGCUGCCCUCUAGUGCCUCCAACACCGAAGAAGAGUUUGAUACACAUUCUGCAUGUUUUACAUGCAUCCUCAGAGUGGGCAGGAGCAAUCAUCUCCCCCUGAAAUUCAGAAAGAUCCCUGAGCUCUCAGAAAUAAAUUGCUUCAAAUUAAACUUGUAUUUAUGCCUUUUUAGAUUUGGUGUAUCAUUUAGUCUGUUGUGGUUUUGAAGUCUACACCCCCCCCCCCCUUUUUUUUUUUUUUUUUCUUUUUUGCUCCAAGAUAAUUUCACACAAAAAUUGAUGGCAGAAUGGUAAAGUGAUGACUUCCCAUAAAAACAAGUCAGUGCCCACAGGCUGCUCACUGGCAGCAAAUAGCCACAUUCUCAACACAGUUUUAGCUGUUUCCUUUUUGCUAUAUCAUCCAAAUUCCAGCUCACAUAAGUUACCUGUCUUGAAUGCAGACACUGCCAGAUGCAAAUCCAGCAGAAGCAAAUAAUGAGCUUUCCUGGAAGCUCAGACCACACAAACAGCUGCUACAGGCACUCAGGAGUGUAGUAACUCCCUCCUUUCCUAGUCUCCAUGCUAUCACCUUUGUAAUUCUCCCACUCCCUCUGAAGCCAAUGAGCCAAAAUUGGCUCUGCUAUGUAUUAAGUAUGGCAUAGUGAAUUAUACAUCAUGUCUGUCUCAUUUUAAAAGAAAAUACAUCACGCACAAGUCUGUUAAAGGACUGAAGACCCUGCAACAGAUCAGCGAGGUAUUUUACCUUAUGGCUUGGUCAGGGCAAGUUGGAGGCUGGAUUCAAAGCCUGCUGAAAUCAACAGAAAGCUGUUCUAUUAGCUUCAGUUUAAGAGGGCAGACAUCCUGGGACUUUUUUUUUUUUUUUUUUGCUUUAACUAAAUGUAUUUCUUUGAUCUUCUGUUAUAAGCAUGAUUUUUUUUCCUAAGUAGUUUCACUGUGUGAAAUUUAAAUGUGUUGUAGCAACCUCACUUUAAAACAUGACUGUGACAGCAUUAUUCAGUAUAACAUCUUUGUAACACUGCACCUGUGAUCAAUAAAAACAUCAGAUGAUGUA